GCGCUUGUAGAGUGGGUGAAUGCCUGGCUCGGAUGGACCGGUGAAAUUAGUCAAAUUCACCUAAACCAACCUUCUCUUCAUUCCGCGAGCAAGGUCAUAAAAUGCCGGCAUAUUUCCAACGACCGGAGAAUGCUCUCAAACGAGCAAAUGAGUUCUUGGAGGUUGGCAAAAAGCAGCCAGCUUUGGAUGUCUUGUACGAUGUCAUCAAGAGCAAAAAGCAUCGAACAUGGCAGAAGAUCCACGAGCCCAUCAUGGUCAAGUACCUGGAGCUCUGUGUUGACCUGCGCAAGAGCCACCUGGCAAAGGAGGGUCUCUACCAGUACAAGAACAUCUGCCAGCAGGUGAACAUCAAAUCCCUCGAGGAUGUGGUUCGAGCCUACCUGAAGUUGGCCGAGGAGAAGACCGAGACCGCCAAGGGGGAGUCACAGCAGAUGGUCCUGGACAUUGAGGACCUUGACAACAUCCAGACUCCUGAGAGUGUACUUCUGAGUGCUGUGAGUGGUGAAGACACCCAGGAUCGUACAGACCGUCUGCUGCUCACUCCUUGGGUGAAAUUUCUGUGGGAAUCCUACCGCCAAUGCCUGGACCUGCUGCGUAACAACUCCAAGGUGGAGCGCCUAUACCAUGACAUUGCCCAACAAGCUUUCAAGUUCUGCCUUCAGUACACCCGUAAGGCAGAGUUCCGGAAGCUGUGCGACAAUCUACGCAUGCAUCUGGGUCAGAUCCAGCGCCACCACAACCAGAGUACGGCCAUCAACCUGAACAACCCUGAGAGCCAGUCUAUGCACCUGGAGACACGCCUGGUGCAGCUGGACAGUGCCAUCGCCAUGGAGCUCUGGCAGGAAGCUUUCAAGGCUGUGGAAGACAUCCAUGGUCUAUUUGCCCUUUCCAAGAAGCCUCCCAAGCCUCAACUUAUGGCCAACUACUACAACAAGGUGUCCACUGUGUUUUGGAAGUCUGGGAACGCCCUGUUCCACGCCUGCACCCUCCACCGCCUCUACCACCUCUCCAGGGAGAUGCGCAAGAACCUCACCCAGGAGGAGAUGCAGAGGAUGUCCACAAGGGUCCUCCUUGCCACCCUGUCCAUUCCAAUCACCCCGGAGCGCACAGACAUCGCCCGCCUGUUGGACAUGGAUGGUAUCAUCGUGGAGAAACACCGAAGGCUGGCCACACUACUGGGCCUGCAGUCCCCACCGACCCGCCAGAGCCUCAUCAAUGACAUGGUGAGGUUCAAUUUGCUGCAGUACAUUGUACCUGAGGUGAAGGAGCUGUACAAUUGGUUGGAGAUGGAAUUCCACCCACUGAAGCUGAGUGGAAGAGUAGCAAAGGUGUUGAACUGGGUGAGAGACCAGUCGGAGAAAGAGGCGGACCUCCAGCAGUACGUUCCCCACCUGCAGAGUAACACCAUCCUCCGGCUGCUGCAGCAGGUGGCGCAAAUUUAUCAGAGCAUUGAGUUCAGCCGUCUGGCCUCCCUGGUUCCAUUUGUGGAUGCCUUCCAGUUGGAGCGCUCCAUUGUGGAUGCUGCCCGACACUGCGAUCUGCAGGUUCGAAUUGACCACACCACUCGAAACCUGAGCUUUGGUUCAGACCUGAACUACUCAACCAAAGAAGACUCUCCUGUGGGGCCGUUCCUGCAGAACAUGCCCUCGGCGCAGAUCCGGAACCAGCUGACAGCCAUGUCGUCCUCCUUGGCCAAGGCGAUCCAGGUCAUAAAGCCUGCAUCCAUGCUGCAAGAGCGUGAGGAGCAAAGCCAUCUGGCCAUCACUGCCUACCUGAAGAAUGGCCGCAAGGAGCACCAGCGCAUCCUGGCCCGCCGGCAGACCAUCGAGGAGCGCAAAGAGCGCCUAGAGAACCUCAACAUCCAGCGGGAGAAGGAGGAGCUGGAACAACGCGAGGCGGAACUGCAGAAGGUGCGCAAAGCGGAAGAGGAGCGCCUGCGCCAGGAGGCCAAGGAACGCGAGAAGGAGCGCAUCAUGCAGGAGCACGAGCAGAUCAAGAAGAAGACGGUGCGCGAGCGGCUGGAGCAGAUCAAGAAGACAGAGCUGGGAGCCAAGGCAUUCAAAUACUUCGAUAUAGAGAACCUUGAGGACCUGGACCCUGACUUCAUCAUGUCCAAGCAGGUAGAGCAGCUGGAGAAGGAGAAGCGAGAACUUCAAGACCGCCUGAAGAACCAGGAGAAAAAGAUUGACUACUUUGAGCGUGCCAAACGUCUGGAGGAGAUCCCGUUGAUCAAGAAGGCCUAUGAGGAGCAGCGUGUCAAAGACAUGGAGUUAUGGGAGCUCCAAGAGGAGGAGAGGAUCAGCAACAUGAAGGUGGAGCGUGAGAAGGCCUUGGAGCACAAACAGAGGAUGUCCAGAAUGAUGCAGGACAAGGAGAACUUUGUGGGCAAAAUAACCGACGCUCGCAGCUUCAUCUAUGAGGAAAAACUGAAACAGUUCCAGGAGCGCCUGGUGGAGGAGAGGACGAAGCGUCGAGAGGAGAGGAAGAUCCACCGCAAGGAGGACCGUCGCAACACCUUCUACCGCAAUAAGGAGGAGGAGGCCCAGCGCAUCCACGAGGAGCAGCUCAAGAAAGAGCGCGAGGAGCGUGAGCGCAUCGAGCAGGAGGCGCGCGAGGCAGAGGAGGCGGUGUACCAGGAGCGCCUUGCCAAACUGGAGGAGCAGGAGAGGAAGCAGCGCGCCCGGCAGCAGGAGAUUGAGGAGCGUGAGCGACGCAGGGAGGAGGAGAUGAGGGCCCCUGCAAGGUCCGAGGAGAAACCCAGAGGAGAAGCCAAGGACUGGGGCGCUGAGAAGGAGGAGGGAGGAGGAGGAUGGAGGAGGCGCACCGAGGUUGAAUCAGAGAGGCGUCGCCCUGUGCCUGAUAAUGUCACCGUACAGGCUAAGGACUGGAGAGCCGAGGGCCGCGAGGAUGUUGGCGAGGACAGAGACAGAGAGCCACCCUUCAGGAGAGGAGGAGAUGGCCCUCGCCGUGGCGGAGACGAUGACCGUGGACCCCCACGCAGGGGCUUCGGGGAUGACGACCGCCCCCUGCGCAGAGGCAUGGAUGAGGACCGUCCACCAAGGAGAACCUUUGGGGAUGAUGACCGUGGUCCCAGAAGGGGAGGGGACGAGGACCGCGGUCCCCGCAGAGGCUUCGAUGAUGGCCCCCGCAGAGGCAUGGAUGAGUCCAGGGGCCCCAGACGCGGGGCUGAUGAUGACACCUGGGGCCCCAGGAGAGGAGGAGAUGACGAGAGGGGAGGGCCCCGUGACGACAAGCCAUGGAAGCCUGCUGUCCGGCCCGUUGCUCUGGUGUCUGCUUCAGGUGGUGGCUGGCGUGAGAGGGAAAAGGCCCGCGAGGAGAGCUGGGGUCCACCCCGCGAAGGUGGUGGCCGCAAGGAAGACGAAGAGGGCGAGAGGGAGGAGAGAGAGGAAAAACAGGAGAGCGAACGCUUCCCAGAGCGCCGCCCACCCAGGUCAGACACACAGGAGGAGGGUAGUGGAGGUGGUGGUGCCUGGAGAAGGCCAGGUGCUGAUGAGGCGCCAAAGAAAAGCUGGAGAGACUCUGUUCGUCAGGAAGAGCCUGCCCGCGAGGACCGCCCUCCUAUCCGUCGAGAGCGACCUGAUCGCAGAGAUGACCGUGACCGCCCCCCACCCAGCAGAGAGCCUGAAGAAGGAGGCAGCUCCUGGCGCCGUGCAGGUGACGACAAGCGUGAGGAGCGUAAAGAGGAACGUCCGAUUCCUCCCAGACCCAGAGAGGGCGAGCGUGAAGAGGACGGAGAGAAGAGCUCCUGGCGCUCCGAGAAAGACAAAGAGAACGCUGGUCGCCCUAAGAAGACCACCGACGAGACCGACGAUGACGGCUGGACCACUGUGGCCCGCCGCUGAGUCCACCCUUUCUCAAAGCAUCUGCUUCAAAAUGGCCCCGCAAUGGCUAAUGUACCCCUUAUUGUCGCUUGCCUCCUCGUGGUUUAACCUUUUCAUAAGCUGAUGAAAACUUUGGCAUAGCAAAGCUGUUUUAUUGUUAAAUCAAAUGUGUCAUCUCAUCAACAACUAUCUCUAUUGCCAUUGAAUAUGUAUUUUGUUAAAGUUGCUUCUUAACCUAAAAAGUAGUUGAUUCCCAUUUUGAUGUGCAUUUUUAAGAGUAUCUACACUGAGCGAAAAUAUAAACGCAACAUGUAGUGUUGGUCCCAUGUUUCAUGAGCUGAAAUAAAAAAUCCCACACAUUUUCCAUA